AUGACGGAAAAUUUUUCUGCAUUCCGUCUUAGUGCUGCUGACCAAGAUGACCUCACACCAAUUCAUCUAGCUGCUCGUUCUGGCUCCCAUAUCAACAAAGGCCUGGAGCAUGGCUAUACACCAGAGCAAAUUUUACGAUUUCUCGACGAAGAAAACAGCACACCCUUGCAUGCUGCUGUUGACGGUGGGCACAUUCAAGUCGUUGAAGUUCUACUCCAGCACAAAUCACGCCCAGAUGAAAGCAAAGGCAAACAGCUCCCUCCGUUCCUUUUGGCCAGUGCUCAAGGCAAGCUCAGCAUGAUGAAAUUGAUGAUAGAACAUUGCGGCAAAGAGAUAGUACAUUGUCGAGAUUUGUACGGGCAGACUUCCCUUCACCGAUGUGCACAUGCAAUCAACAGUGUUGAAAUUAUCCGAUUUCUUGUCAACAAUGGAGCGGAGGUAGACCCAAUUGACGACGAUGGAAGAACCCCCCUAGUUGCAGCAAUCAAAGCUGGCAGUUCUGGUGGUGUAAAACUUCUCAUGGAGAAAGGAUCCAACAUUUUUAUCAAAGACAAAAAUGGUCUCAAUCCAAUCCACUAUGCCAUGAAGUACAAACGAAAGUUCAUUUUAAGCCGCUUGCUAGAAAUGCCGAAUUCUUCAGAGCUGGUCACAGACUGUGACAAGAAUGGAAGCUCCCCUUUACACAAUGCUCUCAACCUCUGCCAAAACAACCUUGUUGCCAUGAUGGUCACAUCUGCUGCCCAACAACUCAAAGACGUCAAAGAUGUAGAUGGAAACAACUAUCUCCACUUAGCUGCUGGUAGUGGUGAUCGAAAAGCACUAUCAAUUCUUCUCGACAUCCCAGAAUGCCAAAAGCUUCUCAACCAAACUAACAAAUUUGGCGACACUCCCUUACAUCUUGCGGCAGGGGGUGGCCAUGUACGAGCUUUGGAAAUCCUCCUUUUGAAUGGUGCAAUGGUACACAAGUGCUUUUGGGGAAACACCCCAUUCAUGUAUGCUUGCUACAAGGGCAAGGCUGAGGUAGCUCGAGUCCUUUACGAAGCUCAUCCAUUCCAACUAACAUGGAUCAAUGAUGCCGAGGAAAAUGCUCUUCACCUUGGAGCGGAAGGUGGCUGCCCUGAAGUGAUCAUUCUCCUGCUUGAUAUUGGAGUGCCUGUCAUCAUGAACAACAAGCACCAGACCUUUUUUGAUGUCGUCAUUAACAAGCGCCUGGUUAACUGUGCAAUGACUGCAAUCAAGCACAAGAGAUGGCAAGAGUGCCUGGAUGUACAUUAUCCCCACAAAGACCAUCCAAUGAUCUCCCUCAUUCAAUUUAUGCCUGAAGUUGCCAAGACUGUGCUCGAUCGCUCACACACAAAAGCAGACCUUCAGCACGAGGAUCUCUUAUAUUGGGAAACGUAUGAUUUCAAAUAUAUCCGUCUAGACAGACAAGAUUCAAGUCACAUUGUCCUUCAACAAUCGGGACAAUCUGAUGAGCUUUCACAAUAUGAGGAUGGAGCAUCUGCGGUCAAGUACAAAGAAACGAGAAGAAAAUCUUCCUUCCCUCGAUUUCUGAAAAAACAUCCGAUGAAGAGCCGGUCAGCAAUAAUCUUGAGGUUCUCCAAAACAUGGUGA